AUGAAUGUUUCCGCCUGGCUUCCCAAGGUCUUCGUCAAGCUCUUCAUCAAGAUGCAUACCAUGAAAAUCAAGGCGGCAGCCUUCGUGCUCUUGGGAGCAUCGACUCUAACACAGGCUGCGCGUAACCAUACAGACUUUGUCCAGCCAAUCCAGAAUCAAGCUCUCGGCGCCCUCAAGAACGCAGAGUCUGAGGCAGUACGGUAUAGGAACAGUACCUGUACGCUGGAGACCGCAGGAGUGAGGAGAAACUGGGACGAUUUGGAUGCAAGCCAAAGGAAAGAGUAUAUCAGCGCCGUCAAAUGCCUUCUCUCUUCUCCGUCUCAAACAGACCCAGCUCUGAACACCGGUGCCCGUACGCGCUUUGACGACUUCGCUGCGCAGCAUAUAAAUCAGACCAUGAGCGUUCACACAUUAUGUCUGGUCUUACGAGCAAGCUCUCCGGAACGAGUGCGGUUACUCUGGCUACCUUCCGGCAAGUCAUCUCCCGUAAUUGGUCUUCUAUUUGGACCCUGGACUAACAACGCGCAGUACUGGAACUGGUUCUCACACCAGGACGACUUGAGAAAGUCUCCAGUUUUUGAUGGUUCAGAGACCAGCAUGGGCUCCGACGGACUCUUCGUGCCGCACAACGGGUCCAUCGGUUCCGCCGGUCUCCACAUCCCUUCCGGUUUGGGAGGCGGCUGCAUCGCGACUGGGCCUUUCGCCAAUUUGUCUGCAAACCUCGGCCCGGUCCAGCCUCAACAAGACGGCAUCGUCGGCGUCGGCACCGCCGAGAAGCUCCGCUACAACCCGCACUGCGUGAAGCGAGACCUCAGCAGCUGGCUUGCAACACGCAUCUACACCGAAGACGCCUUCCUCAACGCCACUGUCCGCGACACGGCAAGGGACAUCGCCAGCUUCCAAUCCGAGAUUGACAGCCAGAGUGCGGGACUCCCGGGCAUCCACGCCGGCGGCCACCAGACCAUCUCCGGCUCCAACUCGGACCUCUACUCGGGCGUUGUCGACCCUGCCUUCUACCUGCAUCAUACCAUGGUUGACCGCAUGUACUGGCUCUGGCAAGCGCUGCACUACUCUCAGGCCAAGACGAUCUCCGGCACCAUUACGUUCGGGAACAGCCCGCCCAGUCGGAACGCUACGCUGGAGGAUAUUAUUGAGUUGCCCUUUUUGGGUGCGGAGCCUGCGACUCUUGGAAGUCUGCUGGAUACUUUAGACGGACUCUACUGCUACGUCUACGCAUAG